UUUGUCUUCAUUCAGAUUUAAAGAAGAUUUUAUUUCUGUUUGAUUAAUUAAUUUUUCUAAUUAAUUAACUCUUAUUUACACAGGAUUGUAUUUUCCUAAUUGUUGAUUCGAUAAGUUGUGACAAUUUAAGAUUUGGAUAAAGUCUUUUUUUUAUCGAUCCUAAUUUUCAUUGGAUUGUUUACAAUUCCAUUUAGAGCUUUUGUUUACUAUUCUCUUUGAUUGUUGAUUUGUUUUCUUUUGAUUCUUUAUUCAUUAUGGAUUCUGGAUCAGCUCAAAAUCCGCCUAAAGGUGAACAUAAUGUUGUUGGUGCUCAACCAGACAUCAAAGAUGUCGGUGAUGUUGCUAAUUUCGUUCAAACAUUAUUGUUACAAGUACAGGAUAAAUUCCAAGUGAUGUCCGAACAAAUAUUGAACCGAAUUGACGAGAUGGGCCUUCGAAUCAAUGAUCUUGAACAAAAUUUAAACGAAGUGAUCCAACAAGCAGGAAUCUCCGAUGAAGUGCUCAAUAGUUCAUCUGGUCAAUCACAACUGACCAAAAGUAAUUCAAUUGCAACAGAUAAACCAUCUAAACCAACCAGUUAAAAGGCUUAAUUGUUGCUCUGAUAUCUCUUCAUCAUGGUCACCAUCGUUUACAAUGGUCACUUUUUCUUGACCUUCAUCUUUAAAGUACCAAUGAAAACAAGAUAUGGAAGUGAAACUUCAACAAUCACUUUGCUCAAAUCAACUAAAUACUAUUGAAUCGCAACUAAAUUAGUGACACAAUUAUCAAGCAAAUAUCUUCUAUUCAAUUUCUUUUUUAAUCAAUGAACAGUUUAGACUGUUUGUUCAUCACAAGCUUACAAUUUAAAUCAACACAAUUCCAGAUUCCAGGAAAAGCAACAAAUUAGUUGAUUGCACAACAAACGAAUGAUUAAUGUAAUCCGAUGUUUUCUGAUCUCAAAAGUUUUAAUUAGUUUAAAUUAUUUGUUCGUACAGAGAAUCCGAUAGUCUUCCAGGAGCUUAUCAAUUGUUCAUCGUUUCUCUUUACACAAUUAUUAAUCAUCUAAUUAUUUGGGAAUUAAUUUAUGUCCACUUAACAAGAAUCCUAAAUUAUGAUUUGAUUUUGUUAAUUAGAAAUGAUUAUUUUAUUUUUACUAAGCAAAUCGUUUUUUUUAUGUUACAGUUAUUGGUGAAAUUAAAAAGAUCACAACAAUUAAGCAAUUUGAUCAAUAAAAAAACUACAAUUUAAACGAA